UGUCUGUCUCUCUCUAUCUCUAAUAGCGAGCCUUCCCUGCCGCCUUCAACUCCGCCACCGCUCACCGGCCCUCCUUCAUCCCUAAGCAACCACUUCUUUCUUUCUUUCUUACCCUUUUUAUAAAUCUCCACACCAUCUCCUUCAUUCAUACAUCCACACAUACAUACCAUCAUCAUCUUCAUCUUCUUCUUGGUUCUUUGUUGUUGUUGUUGUUAAUUUCUUCUUGGUAUUGUUAUUGUUAUUGUUAUUCAAUAAUAAUGGAAUCAUACUACCCAGCAUGGAUAUCACGCCAAGAACAACUCCUAGGCGAGCUUCUCUCAAUCAACCGCGAUGACAUCCCCGCUCAACGUGCCCUAAUCUCACGCGUCCUCGCUCACUACCAUGAAUACUACGCCCAAAAAUCCCGCACUGAUGUCCUUCUCCUCUUCUCCGCCCCAUGGCUAACCCCACUAGAACGCACCUUUAUCUGGGCCACUGGUUGGCGUCCUUCCUUAGCUUUCCGUCUUCUCCCUCGCGCCAUCACUCACCCACUCACCCCUGCUCAAUCCCCUGCCGUCGAUGAGCUCAGACGUCUAACGGUGGCUCGAGAGAAGGAGGUUGAGGAUGGGUUGGCUAAGGUUCAAGAGGCCGUGGCGUCAACGGCGAUGUUGAGGUUGGCGAGAGGAGAGAGAAGAAGAACAACAUCAGGAGGAGGAGGAGGAGGUGAAGGUGAAGGGGGUUCUUCUUCGUCUGGGAAUGCGGCGCAGUUGUUGUUGGCCGAGCUGGAUGCGCUUGUCUCGGCCGCUGAUGCGCUGCGCGCUGACACCGUCACGAGCUUGGUCGAGAUUUUGAGCGUUGAACAAACCGUGGAUUUUCUCGCCGCUGCUGCCAGUCUUCAUCUUCAAAUCAGGCUCAAGUUUUUUUCCUCUUCUACUUAGAAUUAGAAUUCUUUCUUUCACUACUAGUGUUUCUUUGUUGUAUAACUUUGGAGUAGUAGUUAUCACUUUAGUUGUUGUAGUUGUAAGUGGUUUGGAUUUUUACUAGUAGUGUUUGUUUGUUGUAGACUUUAGAGUGGUAGUAGUAGUAGUAGUUGGUUCACUUGGUUGUGGUAGUAAUCAAUGGUGGGUUGUUGUUGUUGUUGUUGUUGGAGUAACGUUGUUGAUGGUGAAAUGCUUUACAAGUCAGCGAAAAAGGGCUAGAUAGACAAGGGGUAUUAGUAAAUAGUGUUACUUUGCAUGCAAUCUCAAUAAUGAUAAAUGGUUUCCAAUA